CAGUGGUGGUGUGGGCCCCAGAGUACAUGACAAGGGUGGCAGUGGGCAGCUUGCCCCCCAGCAUUUUAGCGGGUAAUUACUGAUUUUGAAAAUGAAAGGGGGUGGGUCUUUGGUACAUCACCUGAGUCCUGGGGUAUAUGGAAAGAGCGUCAAUCAAAGGCAGAGCUCUCAGAGCUGGGAAGGAGCUCUAGAUGGCGGCCGUGCCUUGGAGAAGAGACUCUCGCUGAGCUGCUUCCUUUUACUCCUCCUCCCACCCUUACUUUUUUGGGGGAGUUAGAAACUUUGCUCAAGUUUGGGUGACACAGACCUCGUUACAUCUCUUCGGGGAACCUUUAAGACCCUCGGGACUGGCUUGUCCGAUUCCGGCGAGUUCGGCCCGCGAGUGCGAUCGGGGCGACGUGUACGCGUGUGCGGCUCCGUUGUUUGCCUGCUCGGCGCUGGCGACGGCUUCAGCGGCGGCCAUGGCGCUCCUCCAUGUUGAAGCGCUCGGCUGAAGGCACUGUCUAGCACGGACAGUAAAAAUAUCGAUUCGCUUUGUGUUUUAUGGAAUGAUUUAUUAAUAAGUAAUAUUUGUAAAUAUAUCGAAAUGUGUUAUUUUAUGCGUAUUUUUUUUUUAUUCGGAGUGUAGUACUCGUCUAUACUCGACACGUUCGCUCCAGUGUGUGGACUUCGUAUGUUUUUUUUUUCUUUAUAAAACAAGUAAGAAUAUUUUUGUAGUUUUAAUUAUUGUUUUUUUUUUUUAAUUUUUCUACAUUGUUCGUCGAUGACGCAGUUUUAAUAACCUGUAUUCCGUCGCUUUUUAAAGCUUUUGUUAUCGUAUGUAAACAAGGCUGUGAGGCCGAAGAGGUUAUCAAGUUACAAAAUCUUGAGGAGCACACAUUUAUUAAGCUUUAUUUUAUUUUGGUGAUUUUUUUUUUGAGGGAAAUGCUUUGUUUCUGUGUUCUGCAAAUCUCCGAGCUGUCAAGGCUGCCUUCUGUUCUUCAAGCAAAUGCAACUUAAAGAAGACCUUACCUUUACCCUUUUGCUGUCCAACCUCUGACAGUAAAUACCAGCCAAUUCGGAUCGUCGAAUAUACAUUUUUAAGUUAUAAAAGAUGAUGAAGAAUACGGAUGAAAAACAAAAGGACGAUGGCUCCACACAAAGUAAUGGGUCCAGCAACUCAGCUUCUGAAGAGUCAAACCACUCUGCUUAUGAUUCAGGAAGUCAAUCGGAGAGUGAACAAGGCAGUGAGCAGGCCCCGGAGCCAGGCAGUGAUCAUUGCUCAGAUACCAACAGCAGCUCAGAAUCUGAAAGUCGAUCUGAGUCAGGAAGCGAGUCAGCUGAGUCAAAAUCCCAGCAAACACCUUCACAGGCUAAGGAUAAGCCAAUCAGCAAAAAGGAAAGAAUAGCAGAUGUUAAGAAGAUGUGGGAGGAACAUCCAGAUGUUUAUGGGGUCAGGAGAUCAAAUCGAAGCAGACACGAACCUGCUCGUUUAAACCUUGGAAUGGAGGGGAGUAGUGAUUCUGAAAAUGAAAGUCCUAAAAGAAGGGGUACUCGACAAAAGAAGAGAGGAAUCACAUGGAAAGAUGAUGGCUCUAAUAAUGAAGAAGAGGAGGAUGAGUCCAGCAGUGAACAAGAGGAAACAAAAGUUAAAUCUCAGAGACCUACUGCGAAAAGAAAACAAGUGAGAAAACCUGCUAAAAAGCAGCAGCGGCCUCAGAACAAGAAACGGAAAAGACACGAGUCUUCAGAUGAAGAUGAUGAAGAUGAAGAUGAUGAUGAUGAUGACACCCCCAAGAGACAAACACGUCGACGUGCAGCCAAAAAUGUCAGUUACAAAGAAGAUGAAGAUGACUUUGAAACUGACUCAGAUGACUUGAUUGAAAUGACAGGUGAUGGCAUGGAAGACCAGCAGGAUGACAGUGAAACAAUAGAAAAGGUUCUUGAUAACAGAAUUGGAAAAAAGGGGGCUACAGGCGCAACUACUACAGUUUAUGCUAUAGAAGCUAAUGGAGAUCCCAAUGCUGAUUUUGAUCUACAGAAGGAAGAAGGGGAAGUUCACUACCUCGUAAAAUGGAAAGGCUGGUCUUACAUUCAUUGUACUUGGGAAAGCAUAGAUUCUCUGACUCAACAGAAAGUAAAGGGUCUGAAAAAGCUAGAGAACUUUAAGAAAAAAGAUGAAGAAAUAAAGCAAUGGCUUUCAAAAGCAUCUCCUGAAGAUAUUGAGUACUACAAUUGUCAACAAGAGUUGACAGUUGAUUUAAAUAAGCAGUACCAGAUUGUUGAAAGAGUUAUAGCAAUGAAGACAGGAAAAUCAUCACAGGUACACACUGACUUCCCCUCACACAAAACCUCCUCUUCUAAUGAACCAGAGUAUCUCUGCAAAUGGAUGGGGCUUCCUUAUGCCGAAUGCAGUUGGGAAGAUGGAAUACUGAUUCAGAAAAAAUUUCCACUCUGUAUUGAAAAAUUCAGCAAUAGGAAUAACUGUAAAACAAUCCCCUCUAAAGACUGUAAAGUGCUAAAGCAGAGGCCUCGGUUUGUCACACUGAAAAAGCAACCAUCAUAUAUUGGAGGAGAAAACCUAGAGCUUCGUGAUUACCAAUUAGAUGGGCUUAACUGGCUUGCCCAUUCCUGGUGCAGGUGUAAUAGCGUGAUCUUGGCUGAUGAAAUGGGCCUUGGUAAAACCAUUCAGACCAUUUCAUUUUUAUCGUACCUGUUCCAUCAGCACCAGUUGUAUGGCCCCUUUCUAUUGGUAGUACCACUCUCUACCUUGACUUCCUGGCAGAGAGAGUUUGAAACGUGGGCUCCAGAUACGAAUGUAGUAGUGUACCUUGGGGACAUAGGGAGCAGAAAUACGAUUCGAGAUUAUGAGUGGGUCCAUCCUCAAACGAAAAGGUUGAAAUUCAAUGCACUACUAACAACCUAUGAAAUCCUACUAAAAGAUAAGGCAGUGUUGGGUAGCAUAAACUGGGCAUUCCUGGGUGUAGAUGAAGCUCACAGGCUGAAGAAUGAUGAUUCACUGCUGUAUAAGACCCUAAUUGAUUUCAGGUCAAAUCACCGCCUGCUUAUAACGGGGACACCUCUUCAGAAUUCCCUAAAGGAAUUGUGGUCACUUCUUCACUUCCUCAUGCCAGAAAAAUUUGAUUCAUGGGAGGAUUUUGAAAGUGAUCAUGGCAAGGGCAGAGAAAAUGGAUACCAAAGUUUGCACAAAGUCCUUGAGCCUUUCCUACUUCGACGUGUCAAAAAGGAUGUAGAGAAGUCAUUGCCUGCUAAAGUGGAGCAAAUCUUAAGGGUGGAUAUGUCAGCCCAACAAAAACAGUAUUAUAAGUGGAUUUUAACAAGGAAUUACAAGGCACUUUCUAAAGGGGCACGAGGAAGCACUUCUGGCUUUUUGAAUAUAGUCAUGGAACUAAAAAAAUGUUGUAAUCAUUGUUAUUUGGUUAAAAUGCUGGAAGAAAAUGAAAAUGAAAAACCAGAGGAACAUUUGCAGAAACUCAUCCGAAGCAGUGGGAAGCUGGUACUUCUGGAUAAACUUUUGACAAGACUUCGUGAGAGAGGCAACAGAGUUCUUAUUUUUUCCCAGAUGGUGCGAAUGCUGGAUAUUAUAGCUGAUUACCUAACUAUCAAGCGAUAUCCUUUUCAGCGCUUGGAUGGCUCAAUAAAAGGAGAAAUACGAAAGCAAGCCCUGGAUCAUUUUAAUGCAGAAGGUUCUGAGGAUUUCUGCUUCCUGCUUUCUACACGGGCCGGAGGUUUGGGAAUCAACUUGGCUUCUGCUGACACAGUAGUUAUAUUUGACUCUGACUGGAAUCCCCAAAAUGACUUACAAGCUCAAGCCAGAGCUCACAGGAUUGGUCAGAAAAAACAGGUCAAUAUAUACCGAUUGGUUACAAAGGGAACAGUAGAAGAAGAUAUUAUUGAACGAGCCAAGAAAAAGAUGGUUUUAGAUCACCUUGUUAUCCAAAGAAUGGACACAACUGGUCGCACUGUUCUGGAUAACAACUCAGGAAAUUCAAAUUCAAAUCCAUUUAACAAGGAGGAAUUGUCAGCAAUUUUAAAGUUUGGUGCAGAAGACCUAUUCAAGGAACCAGAAGGGGAAGAAUCAGAACCGCAGGAAAUGGAUAUUGAUGAAAUUCUACGUCUGGCAGAAACGAGAGAGAGUGAACAGUCAGUUAGUGCCACUGAUGAACUGUUGUCUCAGUUUAAGGUUGCAAAUUUCUCUACCAUGGAAGAGAGCAGUGAACUGGAGGAGAGGACUGCAAAGGAUUGGGAUGACAUAAUACCAGAAGACCAGAGGAAAAAGGUAGAGGAAGAAGAAAAGCAGAAAGAAAUGGAAGAUAUCUACAUGCUGCCAAGAAGCAGAAGUUCGACUAAAAAGACCCAAGCAAACGACAGUGACUCAGAUGUUGGUUCAAAGCUAAAACCCCAAAGGUCUUCAGGUUCAGAGAGUGAAACAGAUGACACUGAUGAUGACAAGAGGCCUAAACGCAGAGGAAGGCCCCGUGCACGGAAGGACAAUGUAGAGGGUUUUACAGACACAGAAAUCCGAAGGUUUAUCAAAGCUUUCAAAAAGUUUGGUGCUCCACUUGAGAGGUUGGAAGCAAUUGCUCGAGAUGCAGAGCUGGUUGAUAAAUCAGUGGCAGAUCUGAAACGUUUGGGAGAGUUGAUUCAUAACACUUGUGCAGCAGCUGUGUUAGAACAUGAGGAACAUUUAAAAGAAAACCCAAGUGAAGCUAAAGGACCAGGAAAACGAAGAGGUAUAACAAUCAAGAUUUCUGGUGUUCAGGUGAAUGCCAAGUCCAUCAUUCAACAUGAGGAGGAAUUUGCAUCCCUGCAUAAAGCUAUACCUGCAGAUCCAGAAGAAAGAAAAAAUUUCCAUUUGAACUGCCAUGUAAAGGUUUCCCACUUUGAUGUUGAAUGGGAUGUAGAAGAUGACAGCAACUUACUGUUAGGAAUAUAUGAACAUGGCUACAGCAACUGGGAUUUGAUCAAAGCAGAUCCAGACCUUAAGUUAACCAACAAGAUUCUACCUGAUGACCCAUCUAAGAAGCCCCAAGCAAAACAUCUGCAAGGACGGGCAGAUUAUCUCCUGAAGCUCCUAAAACGGCAACUUGAGAACAAAGACUCAAGUAAACUUACAGAAGAAACAAAAGUAAAAAAGCGCAAACCACGGAUUAAAAAAGAAAACAAACUUCCCAAAGAUGAUCAUGGAAAUGAAAUUUCUUCUCCUCGCCACUCAGACAAUCCAUCUGAGGAGGGAGAGGUAAAGGAAGAAGGUGUUGAAAGGAGCCCUCCCAGAAAAAAAACAAAAAAGAAAGAUAAUAAAGAAAAUAAAGAAAAGCAAAUACUUAAAAAGGAGAAGGAAGUGGAUAAAGAAAGAAAGAAAACAAAACCGAAAAAAGAAAAGGCCAAAUCUGGAGCCAAAGGGAAGAAGCCUCAAGGCCCUGUGCAUAUCACAGCUGGAAGUGAACCUGUUCCUAUUGGAGAAGAUGAUGAUGAACUUGACCAAGAAACUUUCAGUAUUUGUAAGGAGCGAAUGCGACCAGUAAAGAAGGCUUUAAAGCAACUGGACAAACCUGAUGAAGGUCUAUCAGUUCAAGAGCAGCUGCAACACACUCGCACCUGUCUGCUAAAAAUUGGGGACCGCAUCACAGAGUGCCUUAAAAUGUAUAGUGACUCUGAGCAAGUCAAACUGUGGAGGAGAAACCUAUGGAUAUUUGUCUCCAAGUUUACUGAAUUUGAUGCUAGAAAACUGCAUAAGCUUUACAAAAUGGCACAGAAGAAACGAUCACAAGAGGAAGAGAAAGAGCCAAAGAAAGAGGAUUUUUCAGGAUGUAAAAAGCCAUUCCGACCUGAGCCAUCUGGUUCCAGUCGAGAUUCUGCAGGAUCUCAGACUCCUCAGAAACCACAGUUGCCUCUGUCACGCCCUUCCCAGCAGCAGCAGCAACAAUCAAAUCCACAUUAUCGGGAUAACUAUGGACAGACUAACAAGAGGCAUUUUGAUCGUGGUGAUUGGCCAAGAGAGCGUAAAUAUUAUCCAGGAAAUAGUAAUCCAUCUUGGCAAAAUGAACGGCAUCAUCAGUAUGACCAGCACAGGUACAAAGAUCAUCAUUACAGUGAACGACGAAUUCACAAUGACCCACACAGGGUUAACUUUCGGACAAAUACUUCUCCUCGCAAGCGACCUUAUGAUCAGUAUGAUAAUGACAGAGACCACCGGGGACACAGGGAUUACUAUGACAGACAUCAAGAUCCAAAGCGACGACGUCCAGAUGAUUUCAGAUCUCAAAACUACCACCAAGGUAGUAGUCAUCAGCAGGACUAUAGGAGACCACCUGACCACAGAGUCCAGAUGGGAUAUCACAGUCAGGGUGCACCUGAACACUACCGACCCUUCCACCCUGACAAACCUAUACCACCUGCCACUCCUGCACUGAUAGAUCCUCGAUCUCCCCAAUCUCAGAAAUCACCUCAUGAUUCCAGGUCCCCUCUGGACCGACCUGUAGAUCAGAAGAACACUCCUGACUUCAGUUGGAAUGUCAGAAAAACUUAACAGUUUUAUGUGACCAGCAAGUGACUAAACUGGGCUUAUUGGAAGCAAGAUGUGGAGCAACCUGCUUCCUUAUGUGCUGCUAAGAAAAACAGACGAGAAUGGUUUUAUAUUUGUUGGAUGACCCAAGACUAUUUUUCUCAUCAGUUGGUUAAUUGCCAUUAACCAGGGAAAUAUGAGAACCAGCAGACCACUCUCCCUAUAUAUAUAUAUAUAUAUAUAUAUAUAUAUAUAUAUAUAUAUAUAUAUAUAUAAAGACCAAAGGAAUAGUGAUAAUGUAUUGGGCACAGGUUCAGUUCUAAAGACAAUUUUAAUAGAAGUAUUUAAUUAAAAUUCAAGCAGCAACUCAUAUUUUGCAGCUUACUAAUAAUGCAGAACUGAUUUGACAUAAUGAUAGAAUGCCCUUUGACUUUCUAUCAUAUAUAUAUUUUUUUGUUUGUUUGUUUUUAAUGCAGUGGCCAUAGUGAUUUUUUUUUCAGGAGAAAGGAAAUUUUACAUUUUAACAAUGUUCAGCAAGGGAAGUGCCUAAAAUCUGACGCUAUUGAAUAAAUUUAAAUUUGCAGGCAUUAUGGGUGCCUAAGAAUUGGAAGUAAAAUUCUUUACAAAGAACUUCUCUGAAACAUCUCAUUUUAGAUGUGGACCGUCCCUUAUCCAGCUCUUUAUAACAAUAAUCCUCAGGACUGAAGUGUUCAAUUGGUGGUCCUUUUGUGGAAGGCAAUAUUUUCAUAGCCUGCUUGACUAUAUGGACAAUGGGUUAAUGUAUUAAAGACUUCUACAACUGCAGAUUAUCAGAAUUUGAUCGGUCAGUGUGCAGAAUACAUUAUACUACUAGCUGGAAGCAACAGUUCAUCUAACUGGGAGUUUGGAAUUCACAAAAUAUUAUGUCUGCUUUGGAACCUAAAUUUCUGCUUAUUUAGCAACCAUGAUUCUUCUAGGUAGAGAUUCUCAUAAAGUCUUUGUUCAUUUAUUUAAUAUGUUUUUGAUUACCUGAAUCAUCUUUGUGCCAGAUGUUGAGUCCUAUGUAUAUUUUAAGCACUUUCCCUGUUUGUAAGCUAGAACUCAUGGCCUGUUUAGUAUGUGGGAAACAGGAUUGGUUAGUUAAAUUUUACUUACAAUAAGGUAUAUUUUAUUCAACUUUUAAGACAGAAUGUUAUUUAUUGUUACACUUUUUGAAACAUUAAAUUUUAAUGUUCUUGUUCAUAAGGAAUAGUUUUAUUCCGAAGAAAAUUAUUUUACUGUAAACUUUCACAAGAGAGAGGCCAUAUUUCAUGCAAAAAUGCAUUUACCCACUAGUUUUCUUAAAUCUUUAAAACUAUAUAUUUUUUUGGAACAAGUCAUUUCGAUUUACUUUUUUGGUUAUUAAGUCAGAUUUUUGUGUGCAAUUUUGCCAUACCAUUUCCUUUUUCAAUAAUAGUUACAUUACCCAGGCUGGAUGUUGAAUAAAUUUAAUAAAGGUACAUCAUGUAGCAUAUUUUGCACUCAAGAAUGCAGUAUUCAUCUUUAAAGAUCCCUUCAUUUUUAUUUGGUUAAGAGGGAAUGUAUUAUAUAAGAUGAUAUUAAAGCAAAACGUCUCAAGUAAAAUUAUACUUGAAAUAUUGGAAAUGUCUUGAGAUUUCCUGGCCAUCUAUUCAGUAUGUGAUUUUCAUUUAUUGUACCAUAAUAAAGGUGGGUGUUUACCCUUCCUAAAUUUUAUUUAAAGAAAUGAUUUGGGAUAAAUGUUGAUAUAUUAACACAUAUUUAGUAUUGUAAUCCUUUUUCCUAAAUUUUUCAUGUCCAAAUUGGGUUAGAUACAAGGUAUCCUUUUUGCAAACUCCCUGCAUAGCCAUGUGUAUAUUUCAUUUUUUCAGAUGUAGAGACUGAGGUAUUUACUUCCACUGUUUUCUGCCAUUGUGAAGUAAUGUUGUAUGUGAUUGC